ACUGGUUUUACACCUUAGGAUUGAAGGAGAUUGAUAGAGAAAGAUGGCAAUCUAUGGCCCUGCUAUCUCGCAAAUCCUCGUGCGCGUCUCCUUCGCUGGUAUGUUCCUCAUCACCAAGGCCGCCCUCGCUCAAGGAAUGAAUACUUACGCUUUUGUUACUUAUCGCGCUGCACUGGCUACCUUGACUCUAGCCCCACUUGCCUAUUUUUAUGAGAGGGAAAAACGUCCUCCGCUACGAUUAAAACAAACCUUGCAGAUCUUCUUGCUUGGACUAUUAGGAAACACUAUCACGCCAAUAAGUUACAUCACAGGACUUGGUUACACUUCCUCUACAUUUUACGCCACACUCUCCAAUCUCAUUCCUGUAAUUAUCUCUGUCCUUGCGGUUAUUUUCAGAAUGGAGAAGCUGCAAUUAAAGAAGAGGACAGGGCAAGCAAAGGUUGUAGGCAUUUUUCUAUGUGUAGGAGGUGCAAUGAUGAUCACAUUAUACAAGGGUUAUACCCUUAACAUCUCCAGCUUCUUGAAAGCACCAAAAGCCAUUCUCAAGCUUCUGGAUACCCCCCAUUCAUCUAUUGCCUCACAAAAGAAUUGGAUUUUGGGUUCAAUUUUGUGUAUAAUAAGCAUUACAAGUUGGUCGGCAUGGAUAAUGUAUCAGGCAGCUGCUUUCAAAGAUUAUCCUGCAAACUUAUCGCUCACCGCAUUGAUGUGCUUCAUGGGUACAAUCCAAUGCUCUAUAAUUUCAUUAUUCAUGAACAAACCCAAGGAUUGGAGAUUGGAAUGGAACUUGAGCCUCUUUUCCUAUACCUACAGUGGAGUACUGUGCACUGGAAUAGGGAACUUGGUUCAAACUUGGUGUAUUAGAAAGAAAGGCCCGGUUUUUGCAGCAACAUUCAAUCCUGUUAGCACGGUGGUAGUGGCCAUCCUAGAGCCCGUACUUCUUCACGUAGACACUCAUGUGGGAAGCAUAUUAGGCGCAGCUCUGGUUAUUUUUGGACUUUACUUUGUGUUGUGGGCCAAAGCAAAGGAUGGCAAGGUGAAAGCAAAUGAUGGCCUACACGAUUGCCCAGUGAAAGAAAAUAGCACCAAUGUCGAGAUCAAGGUUGAAGCGAAUGACACAAUACAUGAUUUCCCAGUGAAAGAAAAUAACAUCAAUGUCAAGAUUACAGAUGAAAGCAUGGUAGAAGAAAAUAAUGCAAAAGGCUUGGUUCCAAGGGAUGUAACCAUAGCCAUAGAAGGACAAUCAAAACAUGAAGAAGUUUGAUCUCAGUAUUUCCCACCCUCCAUUCCCACCAUUAACAUAUCACAGAAAAUAGUUGGAUCUUAGUAAUCAUAGAAACAGAAGCCAGACAAGAAUAACUUUGACAUCCGGUUUUUGUGAUGAUUUAAAUUAUUCCAUUUCAGAAGUAACAAAAUAUCAACACCUUGUAUGAAACGAAAGGUCUUCUUUCUUUUGUUCUUUUUGCUCUUGAUAAUGGUAGUAUUUUUGUACAUGAAAAUCCGCAAACACUUAUUCUAGGGCAAAAUGGAUGGUCUAG